CUUUCAGACAGCACAGGAAUGGAGAGUUCCCUCAGGCUAGAUGCUCCUCCAGUGGGGAGAUGCAGGAGGCAGGAAACAGCAGAGGAGCCAGGGCUGUCUGAGGGAGCGAAGGGUGAGGAGGUGCCAGAGGAGAAUGUGGGUGAAGAUGAUGAAGAGGUGGAAAAGACAAGAGAAGAAGAGGAGAGUAAAGAGGAGGAGAGUGAGAGACUAGCUGCGAAGGAGAGAGCAGCUCAGAAACAGCUGAUGGCCAUCGAAGAGUUUGUUCAUACAGAGAGGAACUACCUGAAGAAUCUUCAACUCUGCACCGUUAACAUCCGAAGGAACCUGCAGGAAAUACAGCCUCCGCUGCCAAACCUCGACAGCAUGUUCGAGCACAUAGGCGGAGUAAUCGACGUGUCGGGUCGACUGCUGAGUCUUCUGGACCAGGCCCAGAUGCAGUCCGGCGAUCCGCGUUACCUGGAGACUCUCUGCAAUUCUUUCCUGAGUCUGUCACAUGAUAUCGAGAUGGCCUAUAAGGAGUAUCUGGCCAAUUACAACAACAUCACAGCUGUGGAGAACAGCUACAAACAGAAAGGGGCCCAGUGGCAGGAGAUGAUCCGUGUGAUCAAGACUUCUGCGCCUGACGUGAACGCUUCCACACUGAGUUUUUUCCUGGUGAUGCCUGUUCAGAGGAUUGCCCGUUACCCUCUGCUCCUCCAGACCGUCCAGAAACACACGGACCCCCGGCACCCGGCCUACGCCCUGCUGGAGCAGACGGGCCGCGCCGCCGUUCAGCUCAACUGCGAGAUCAAUGAAUACAAACGUUUCCGCGAAGUCGCUGAUAAAUAUAAGAAAACGGAGAACCUGACAAUAAAGGACAAGAUUAACAGGUUAAGCGGACACAGUAUUGCUAAGAAGACCGCGAGACUAAGCCAGUACAUAAAGCAUGAGACAGGGAUAGUGCCAAAGCAUGUGGAUGAGGAAUUUGAUGCCUUACUUGGCUUUUUCCUUCUCCUGGAGAAGGGGAUCACAGACCUUCACGUCAAUAUGAGAGACUAUCUUAGUCAUUUACAGAGGUUCCUCAGCUGUCGACCAGAGGAGGCAGAUCUUGACCUGGAAGGAGAAAAAGCUGCCCUCUUCUCCAAGGAGAUCACUGUGGCUCUGCGGCAGUGGAUAUACCCCACAUAUGAGCGUCGCCUGAAAACCCUGGUCUUCAAACCCCUGUGCUCUCUGCAAGAGCUGCUGGCCGGACCGCGAAACCUGAUCCGCAAACGGCAGGACAAGCUCCUGGACUUCGAGCUUCUGGAGGAGAAGUCCAGCCUGAACUACGAGGAACAAGCCGUGGCCGCCACCUACCGCACCAUCAACACCCUGCUGCUGACGGAGCUGCCCCAGUUUAACGGCAAGGCCCUGCAGCUGCUGUGGAACAUCCUGGGCGCCUUCGCCUGCCUGCAAAGAGACCUGACCGCUGAGAUGGAGCAGCUUGCCUCCAGUUUCACACAUCAGCUCUCACACAGUCAUCUGGAGCCAUCGGCAUUCUGGGAGUGGGCGGAGAGCUCUGUGCUGGAGGGGGCAAAAAAUCUGGAGUCUCUGUGUCAGAGGGUCCAGGAAGCGCUCAAUGUCCCCAUUGUGCAGCCUCUCAGCCCCGGUUCUCAGAAACGCCUGAGGGCUCUGAUGGACCGCUACGGCCCAGAGAAGAUCUACCAGCUGACGGGCCCGGCCGUGGCCGCGCGAGAUCUGGAUCUGAACCUCAGUAAGGGCGAACUGGUGGCCGUGGUCUCGGAGAUGGACACCCGAGGGGACCGCCGGCGCUGGCUAGUGGACGCAGGAGGUCUAAAGGGAUAUGUGCCCGCCUCCAAACUGACGCGCUACCAUCAGCUGACAGCGGAUGCUCCUAAAUCACCGCAUCUAACGGUGGCAUCCUCUGGCCCAGGCCCCCGAAGACACUCCUACACACCGGGAACGCAGCCCGCUGUGACUAUGGCCAUGCCGUGCUUCCAGGUGUUUGCGGGCUACGACUUCACGGCCAGGAGCAGUCACGAGCUCUCCCUGAGGGCCGGAGAACCGCUCCAGAUUGUGGAGCCGCACGACAAGCGUGGGAACGCUGAGUGGAGCCUGGUGGAGGCGCGGGGCCAGAGGGGAUACGUCCCCUCCAACUAUCUUGCCAUCCUGCCCUCCGUGGUGGCGUCACCCACCCUCCCUUACCGCUAGCGCUGCUGCCAGUGACAGUUCACCAUGGCGACAGCUGCCAGACCGUGAUAACCGCUCCUGAACGUUUUGAACUUGCGACCCUGGACGCGCGUGCGUGCCGCGCCGGGGGCCGCGUGUGAAGGACGCUUUGGUCCAGUCGUUUGAUGAAUGCGGAGCUUCAGAUGAGUGGAGUGUAGGCUGAAGUGGUGCGGUGAAGAGACUCUUCACGCUCCAGAGUGGAGCUUUGCCGUGAACCGCUGCAGGUAGACAGUGAAGAGCACCAGCUCCGUAGGCGUAGCACUGAUGGAGGCGGCUUCUGUGUGCAGUUCCCUCACUCUGACUGGCCGAUUGACUGACUGGCUGUGUCAUCCUGCGCUUAACGGAUGAGAGGAUGAGGGGAGGAUCCGUCGGGCGCUGGGAAAACGAGUGGAUGGAAAAACAGACACAAACUGCUUCCCAGCCUGUGUCUCUGACUCUGAUUCUGAGCAUGUUUUGGC